AUGACCUCUCCACCAUCCGACUCUGCAGCGCCAGACCCGCCCGCCUCUCCUCCCGCGCCUCCCGACUCGCAGCGUCAGCCCAAGACGACGACAGAUUCGUACGACUCGAGACUGCGCGACGUGCUCGAUAGUCCGACCAAGUCUGUGCGAGGUCGGGAGGACGACGAGGGGGAGGACGAGUUUGGCGAGUUUGUGUAUGGUGGGAAGGACAGGGUCGAGGGGGAGAUGGAGGAGCGUGAGGAGGGGAGCUAUGAGCGCAGGAUGGAGGAGCUGGUGGGAGCGUCGGCUGUGAGUGAUGGCGACGGUGAUGCGACGGCUAGCGAGGCUGGAACGGCGCGGGGAGAAGCUGUGGACGACAAGCAGGACGAGGAGGAGCACCACUCUUUGGCGAAGGAGGCAGUCAAUGGCGCUUUGCGGGGACUAGGAAACGGCUUGCCAGCACCUGCUUCUCCCGCCGUCUCGAGGGUGACGAGCGCUUCGAACGACGAGUUCCCUGCGCUCAGACAGCUUCGAGGUGGACCAUCACGAGCACGAUCAUCCCUCGGCUCGCUCGCCUCGAUGCCUGACUCGCCCAGCCAGACGCCGCAACGACUCUCCUUCCACCCGACCUUCUCUCGCCUGCGCUCCAUCUCGACACAGUCUUUCCCGAACAAGCACCGCUUCGUCUCCAGCUCGAAGUACAACACGGCACUCGAGUUCCCUUACGACGCCGGCAAUCCUCCUCGUCGACCUCCCCUCGCAGGCGGAAUCAGCGCCUCACCCUCGACCUCCAAUCUCGACAACAUCUCCCGCCGAUCGUCCUACACCAACCUCUUCGACCUUCCGUCUACCUCCGACCUGCCAACCGGCACAUCCGCGUCGAACGCGUCUUCAGCCGGCCGAGCAAACGGCAUCUCGCCUCCCGCACGAACCGUCAAGUGGUCUUCCCUCAAGCGCAUCUCGGCACGCGUGUACCCGCAGUCUGGUGCGACAGCUGGAGCAGCUGCCCUCUCACAGGCUGAGCAGAUCGCCAAGAGCGCGAUGGGCCAACCAACCGUUAUGGCUGUCAGCGGCUUGAUUGCGAUUGGUACGACGAAGGGAUGGGUGCUGGUGUUUGACUUUGGGCAGAACUUGCGAUGCGUGUGCGGGACGGAGGGCAUCGCCAAAGAAGCGGGAGCUGUCACGGCGCUGGCGGUCUCGCAGGACCAUACGUUUGUCGCGGUCGGCCACGAGAACGGUUCCAUACACCUCUACUCUCUGCUCAAGCCAUCGCAGCCCCAGCGGUCUGUCGCGCCCGUCACCCUGCCGCAGGUCCUGACCGGCCGCAAGGAGGGUCACCUCGUCGGCUCAAAGAUCUGUCACCUCGGCUUCAUCGGCGCGCGGCAUACGGCUAUCGUCUCGUCCGACGACAAAGGCCUGGCGUUCUACCACGCACUCGGCAAAGUGCUCAUGCUCGCCUCCACCGACAUCAUCCGCAUGCUCGGACGGUAUCCUGAUCCGGCGGCGGUCCUUUCGAGCGGCGCACCGCCAGUUCGACCGCCCUUACCCACCGCCGCAACCGCCCCGCCAAACGCCUUACACGCCUCACCACCUGACUCUCCACGUCCUGCCUCUCCCGCCAGUCCCAGUCUUCCCGCCUCGACGCCGAAGUCUCCAUCCUUUCCGCGCCCACCGCGACCUGCGACGUUCUCCGCUGGCAAAAAGCCGUCCGUCGUCCUCGACAUGGCGCCCCUGCCUCUUGGCCCGGCACCUCACCCUUCGACCGACACCCUCUCCCUCGUCGCUCUUCUUACGCCUACGAAGCUCGUCAUCGUCGGCCUCAAGCCCGCGCCGCGGACCUGGUGGCGCGUGCAAUUUCCGCGAGAAUGGGACGAGGAGAAGCAGGGCGAGGGGCAGGAGAAGGAAGAAGUUGAGCGAGGGUACGCGGUGACAGGCGUCCUUGCGUGGUGGCCAAGUGCACGGCGGACGAAGAGUGAGGACGGUGGAAAGGAAGGUGGCCAGGCGAGGCAGGAGAAGGCAGAUGCAGAGGCAGGAGAAGAUCCGGUGUUGGCGUGGGCUUGGGGCGCGCGGGUGCGGCUCGUCCGGGUCCGCGGAGCAGUCGGUGCGCCGCCACCACCGAGAAGGCCGAGCGUUUCAGCUCUCAAGCCUCCGCCGCCGCCUGCGGAAGUGCGGUUCGAGGAGAUUGAAGGUUGGACGUGCGAUGGUCCUGUUCUCGCGCUGAGAUGGUACAACGACCGAGUCCUCAUCGUUCUCACCGCCGCUCACUUCGACGUCUUCGACCUCAUCACCCGUCAACGAAUCGGCAGGGACGCUCACGACAUUCGCAGCGUCGUACCUUCCGACUUGUACGCGUCCUCCUUCGACUCUAUAUUUUCGCUUGAGGAAACGCUCGCCUAUUCCGCCAGCUUUAUGACCUUCAAGCGCAAGCUCUUUCUGCUGGCUUACGGGGACGUACGCGCCGGCGCUGUCCUUUCUUGGGCGGAUCGCAUCCUCGCCCUUAUGCAGCCUGCAACAAUCCUCGAGGCGAUCGAUACGAUGACUGGCUACCUCGAAGGUCAAGUCGACGCCAGUACAAUCGCCCUACCUGACGAUCCUGCCGAGCGCCGAGCCAUCCUCGAGCCCAAGCUGCGCGAGAUCCUGAACGCAUCGCUCGGCUUCGUCUUCUCGGAGGACCGCCUUCGCGACGGUAGUCACGCCGACGGCGAGACGAUCCAGCAGCUGUUCGAGGGUCUCGUUGGGACCUGCGUUCGUGCGUGCCUCCUGCUCGGUGACCCCGACUGGCUGUUCGAUGAGCUGUACGAGCGGUACGAACAGAACGGCAUCGAGGGCAUCUUCCUCGAGCGGAUUGAGCCGUACGUCCUCGCGGGAUCGAUGCACGCACUGCCGCCAAGCGUCACGCAGCGACUCAUCGCUGUCCAUGCGGAGCGGCGCCAGUUCGACGCGGUGGAGCGCAUCGUCCUGCGGGUCGAUCCACUCAGCCUCGACCUCAACCAAGUCCUCGGCCUGUGCCAGCGCGAGAACCUCUACGACCCGCUCAUCCACGUCUACACCCGCGCCCUGCACGACUACGUCGGCCCGCUCGUCGAGCUCAUCGCGCUCAUCCGCCAGAUCCAGCAGCACCGCCUGCGACGGCCAAGGACAAUCGGGACGGCGGACAGCACCUUCUCGGACGAUGGCGGCAGCGAUGCAGGGCUCCCGGCCGACGUCUGGCGCACGGCUGGCCGAGCUGAAGGCGUCGAGGAAAUGGUGCCGGCGGCUUACAAAGUCUUCGCCUAUCUCUCAAGCGUCCUCACAGGCUUCGCCUACCCGACGGGGCUGCACUUGUCGCCCGAAGAAGGCGAACACGCUCGAGCAGCCGUCUACGGGUUCCUGCUGUCUGGACAGACUCGGUCAUGGCCUGCCAAGGGCGGACGAAGCGUCUUAACCGUCGGCGAGGAAGCCGAGCCGACUUACCCUUACCUUCGUCUACUCCUCUCGUUCGAUGCGGAGGCUCUGCUCGACACGCUCGACCAAGCAUUUGAAGACCCUUUCCUCGAUGGCGAGCAAGGCGGGACGACGUUCACCCGUCAGCGCGUCCUCGAUCUCCUCCUCGAGGUCAUGUCGCCGGCUUCUCGCGAGUCGGGCGGUCUCUCUUCAAACGACGCGACCUUCCUCAACAUCUUCAUCGCACGCAACCUCCCAAAGUACCCGCAAUACCUCCGGCUCACCGAUACCACUCUUCGCGAUAUCCUUGUCCGCCUCGCCAGCGACUCCGACCUCAGCACGACGGAGGACCGCCAACUCGCAGCAGAAUACCUCCUGUCCACCUAUACCCCUUCCGACUCUGAUACCCUCGUCCCGCUUUUCGAGGAGGCGGGCUUCUUUCGCAUCCUCCGCUCUCUCUACCGCAGCCAGCGCAAAUGGGCCGCCCUCGCUUCGACCUACCUCGAAGACCCGGACACGUCGAGCGAUGUCUUCGGCUUCUUGCGGGAGACUUUCCGGCUCGCGGAGAAGGCGUCGAAGGCGCAGAAGGCGGAGCUCGCGCACGUCGUCCUCGAUGCGGUACCGACCUUGAUCGACGUCGAUGAGGAUGGCUUGCAGCAGACGGCAGCUCUCGUCGACACCUUCCUUCCUCACUUGCACGACAAGGUCGUCGAGCGCCUCUCGUCUGUCCCAUGGCGAGAGUUUGCCUACCUUCGGUGCCUUUGCGAGCCGUCCGUUGCAGGCGUCGACUUGUCCUCGACCUCCUCAAAGCUCGACGACCGCUUCCAGCACCGCUACCUCCAGCUCCUCUGCGCGCACGAGCCACAGCAAGUCAUCCGUUAUCUCGAGCGCGACGCCAGCCGACUCGCGCACGAUGACCGCACCCUCGAGAUUUGCGAGGAAGCGGGUGCGCUUGAUGCGGUCGUGUGGGCGCUCGACAGGCGCGGCGAGACGGAGGCGGCGCUCGCUCAGGCGGAUGAGGCGCUCGAAGCGCGGACGGAUAAGCUGCUCGAGGGACUGCUGAGGGGAGACGACGAGGAGGACGCAGAGGAUGGCCACGCUCAGCAGUCACCCGAACUGCUUGUCGAGCAGAUCGUUGCGAUCUCAGCAGCUGCGACAGGAGUGUGUGCUCGCCGGACGGAUACGCGACGGCGUCCGAAAGAUGUGCCGCCCGAGGAGCUCUGGUUCCGUCACCUCUCAUCGCUCGUCAGCACCGUCCGCGCCAUCCGCUCCGUCGCUCCUGCUCCGCCCCGGUCGUCCGACCGCUCGUCUGUGCACCGUCGCAUCUCGGGUGCCUCGAUCAUAGUGCACGACAGCGAGCCGCAGCGACUCUCGCCUCACGCAUCCGACCUCCUCUCGUCGCUCAUCCCGAACGCGCUCUCUUCGCUCGUCUCGACGACGGCGACGCACGAAGUCUCCUUCCCCCGCCUUGUUCGCCGCCUUAUCGACGCCAAUUCGCGUUCACCGGCAGCAAAUCGCUCAUACGCCGAGUUCAAGGGCAUCGUGAGCUCGAUGCUCGACGCGUACGCCUUCGAAGGCGACCUCCUCGGUCUCUCGUCAAGCAUCUCGGCCGAAGACUUGUUCAAGCACGUCGUCGAGUUCAAGGCGGAGCGGGAUCGCGGCUGGCGACCUGGCGCCGGCAACCCUGGCGGUCUCUGCGCCGAAUGCCUUCAGCCGGUCUGGGGCCCGCAAGGGACGGGCUCUUCGCCGCCGAUGUCGCGCUCGGCGUCGGUGUCGAUGGUAGUCGAGGCGAUGGGGAUGAACGAGCGGCCGAGGAUGAAGAAACGGCCGUCGCUCAAGGGCAAGGAGGUGGAUUGGCCAGAGACGCCGGCGACAUCGAGGCGUGGAGCGAGCGGAGGCUUCGGCAGCGCUGGCAUGCAGGUGUCUGAACCGCCGAACGGCGUUGUCGUCGGGCGAGACGGAAGGCUCUUCCACCAGACGUGCCACCUCUUGCGGUCGGGAUACGAUGGCGGGUUCUAG